AUGCUACCUGCUGUUUUUCUCAUGAUCAAUAUUUCCCUGCUAUUUAGAGCUAUGUAUGCAUUUCAAUUAGUGUAUUGAUUUAUGUUGUGAUAAUAAAUAUUUUACAUAUAAAAUAAAAAAGUAUUGAAUGUGAAAAAACAAUAACCAAUGGUUAUGCACAACGAAGCGAUCAUGAAAAGUAAAACAGGAAGUCUUAAGGGUUUUAAAACAUUAUGGAUUCGAUUUGACGAAGAAACUACGGACAAGCACCAACUAUUUUUUAAAGAACAUUCAAUUAGAAAUCAAGAACCUAUACAUCCUAAAGGAAGAACACUAUUUCUAUUAAAUAUUCCUCCUUAUAUUACACAUAAAGCAUUAAUUAAAAUAUUCAGUGAUUUGUGUGGAACUGUUUCUAAAGUUUAUUUUGUAACUCCUAAAGGAUUUAAAACAGCAUAUAUAGUUUUUGAAAAAGAAUCUGCUUUAGAGAGAGCAUUAGAAAUUUCUGAAAACUAUGUAAUAACAUUAAAUAAAGAGAAAAAGAUUUGUUUUACAGGAGUGGAAAAAUGGUGCUUAAACUAUAAUCGUUCAGUAUGUAAUGAGAAGGAAAUGAAAAAGAAAAUUGAAACUUAUAUGCAGAACUAUGAUCAAAAAAUUUCUGAGAAAAUAGCAAAAGAAAAAGCUAUGGAGGAAGAAGCAGAAAAUGAUGGUUGGGUAACAGUAACAGGACGAAAGAAGAGAGGACAGUUUGCACUUUCCAGGAAAGAAUCUACUAUUAAUAAAGUGCAACGCAAAGAAGAACAAAAAAAUAAGAAAAAGCAAUUGCUUAACUUUUAUACUUUCCAAAUUCGGGAAAGUAAAAGACAGAAUUUAGCAGAGUUAAGGAAGAAGUUCGAAUUAGACAAAAAGAGAUUACAAGACCUAAAAUCUAAGAGAACGUUUAAGCCAUUUUAAGAUUGUAUGUAUAACAUAGAUUAAUCAUAUCAACGUGAAAUAUAUAUUUAUUAUAUUGUAAAAAAUUCUUUUUUUCAUUUACAAGUAUGGUUUUGUAUUUAUAUAAUUGUAUUUAAAUUUAUAUACAGUUCCGUAAAAUAAAAAUAACUACAAUAGAAAGAUAAUAAUGUAAUUAAGCGGCUUUAGAUGCAUAUGUCUGUAAAGUCCAUUCAAUUAAGAAGUGUUGAUAUGAUAAAGGCUGUAACAAAGCCAGUAACU